AUGCGAUGCGCGAGCAAGGCCGCCGAGAGCGCGUCUGCACGUCUCUGUGCGGGCGCCGAAGCAGAAACCACAGCGACUGAUGUCCCAUCGGUUGCUGAAGCGACUCAGCCUGUGUCACCUGGUGAUGCAGGCGCUGGUCAUGAAGACACUCGUGUCUUCACAGAGUACGAGCUCGGUGUCUCGUACUCUCCUGAUACGGAUGAAGGAUCCGUAUCGACGGCAAUUGAAUCCAAGCCGCCUGCCAAGCGUGGCAUGGACGAUGCUUUGCGUCGCAGCAUCUUUGGUUCACCUGACGAAUCAGAUGAACCAUCGCCGAAGCGAAGGCGCUCGAGGUCGCGAGACUCGGGCGCUAACAGUGGUGUCGGUUCUCCAAUGGACACCACUUCGCAACGAGGUGCCAGUACUUCUGUCGGCACGUCGCAGGAAGAGCGGGACCGCAAUGUGUUGCGUCUCGCUCCAGAAAAGAAGGCAUGGAUGCCUCCGAAAUCUGUCAUGGAUCACUUGUCGGCGACGACGAGUGAUCGUUAUCGAACACGAUUGUUCGAUUCGUCAAGGAUCCAUCACCUUGACCCCAGCGCGAAAGACUAUCGCGCUGAACAUGAGUUCUUCAUCGAUGCUUUCUUCAGACAUCGAUGGUACAGUGGGAAUCACAAACGUGAUGGUCCCUCACUACUUCAGGCGUGGAACGCCUACAUCCAUAACCUCGAGGAUGUAGGUCGUGACGCUUGGAACGACAAACUUACCAAAGCUCGUGAUAAGUUUGAAAAGCGAACCCCGACAGGUGCACGCUAUAAGCUGCAUCGUCUGUCUAGGGAGAGGAUUGGCAACCUGAAAUCCCUUUACGACCGUGCCGGGAAGACUUUCUCCAGCGGUCCUUCUGCUGCACAGGAUGUGCCGCGUCGUACUGCUCAACCAGACCCAGUACGUCGAUCAUCAGUUGGGAGCGGGGCUCCCAAGUAUCCCAGGACGGGGGAUAGCCGCGCCACCGGACGAGACAACUCGUCCGACGUCCGUUCACGUCGCGGUGGUUCAACAGCUGCUCAACUAGAUAGCGCUGGCCACCGCGAGAGUCCUCUAAUGGAGGUGGGGGGAGGAGGAAAGACGCUCUCCACACGAUCAUGGGGAUCGGUGUGUUCCCGAUAG